CCAUAGACGAAGCUUGUCGCGAUCUUCUCUGCAUCUUACAGCACCUUCAGCGCCAUGGGAGCUGAUGGUGGAUCUAUCCCGGAUCGUACAGAUCUCGUCAAGACAAAGGCAAGGACAGUUCAGACUGACAAAGCGUAUCUAAGAGAAUUGUUUCUCUUCUGCGCUCUCAGCAAGAGGAUACUCUCAAAGCCUGUAGUCAUUGACCCGCUUGGGAAACUGUACAACAAAGAUGCGUUGAUAGAGUACUUUCUGGACAAGUCCAAAUAUGGGGAUGGAGAUCAAAUCUGUGGAUAUCUCAAGGGCGUCAAGGAUGUUCUCACGCUCAACCUCACCGACAACCCUGAGUAUUCUCCCCCAGCAUCUUCUACGACCGUCUCAGCACCUCUCAAAGCACCUUUUGUGUGCCCCUUGUCCCUCAAAGAAAUGAAUGGAGCAGUACCGUUCAUCGCUCUUCGGCCUUGUGGCUGUGUCUUCUCCGACGCUUCAAUUCGAGCCGUCAUUCCGAAUCUGACCAGAGGCGUUGGAAAAUCUCAGAACAACCUGGAUGAUAGACCAGACGAAGCCAAGCCCGUCGUCUCUACAUCCUCCUCCUCCAACAUGGUCACUUGUCCGAAUUGCGGAAAAGAUUUGGAUCCGACUCUCAGUACGUCCAUACUUCCUAUCAACCCGAGUAAAGAGGUCCAAGAAAUAUUACUGGAGCAGCUUUUGAUCGCUCGUGCAAGCGCAAAGGCCUCGAAGAAGAGAAAGGCGGUCAAUCACGAUGUAGAUGUCCCAGUCAAGUCUGUCAAGACGUCGGCUGCUAUCGUCGCAGCACCUCUGUCUCCCAAAAACGGCGCAGAUCGGACGGAAAAGGAACGCCCCAAAUCCGGCAAACCUGCUGUACCCUCAGUCGUGGCUCACAACACUCUGAAUCGCUCGGUCCACCAAAAGCUCGCUGAGGUCGAAGCGAAGCGAUUGGCAGGUCAAGCGGGAAUGAGCGAUGCUGUCAAAGCAAUGUUCAGACCGAAAGAAGAGGCCAAAAAGGGAGGAGCGCAAGACUUUUUCGGUCGGACGUUCAAUAGGUAUGCCUAGGUCUGGUCGCAGUGACUCUGUGUCGUCCGUCCGAUGGUGUCUGUAGAGUCUCAAUUUCAUGUAGUCGUAGUAGAAAUCAUACGUUGUAUGCACCUUUUCAUCGUG